GUUUCCAGCAAACACCUCUUUGUUUACACCCCCGGGAUAGUCAAGUCCAGGCAGUGGGGCUACAAGCAGUGACAACUUCCCAAAGGCACCAGAACCAUGUCUGUUUUUCUGCUCGGCUCUCUGCUCUUCGGCGUGAUCCGCGCCUCCGACACCGCCGCGGCUCAAGCCCCGCUCGGACCGCCUGCCGUCGGCUUCGGCUCCUCGUUCCGCGCGGUGUGCAAGCCCAUCCCGAGCACCCUGGCUCUGUGCCACGGCAUCGGGUACCGGCGCAUGUGGGUCCCCAACCUGCUCGGCCACGACUCAAUGAAGGAGGCCCAGCAGCAGUCGGCCGCCUGGCUGCCGCUCAUCUCCAAGCUGUGCCACCGGGACACCAAGAAGUUCCUGUGCUCGCUGUUCGCCCCGGUGUGCCUGCCGGAGCUCGGCGGGCCCGUCAGCCCCUGCAGGAGCCUGUGCGAGGCCGUGCGAGACGGCUGCGUGCCCGUGAUGAGCGCCUUCGGCUUCCCCUGGCCCGAGAUGUUUAACUGCUCCCGGUUCCCGGCCGGGACCGAGCUCUGCAUCCCAGCCACCGGCCAGCCGGAGGAGGAGGAGGCGACGGAGGAGGAGGUCAGGCGUGAGGAGGAGCUGAAAGGAAGUGUCAUCUGUGACGCCUGUAGUCUGACUGCUGAAGGAGAGUCUGACAUCCAGGAAAACUUCUGCCACAGCCCAUAUGCAUUAAAGAUGCGCCUGGACAGCGUGUCAACAUUGGGAGGCGACCGCCAGCUGGUGCCCGUGGCCCGCAGCCGCAUCCUGAGGUGGGCAGGGGGAGGUGCAGAGCGGGCGCAGGAGUUUGGAGGCGCGGUGGCCCACGAGGCUUUGUGGCUGCAGGAAGGAGCCAGCUGUACUUGUCCCGGCUUAGACUUCAAAGAAGCAAACAACGAGAGAGAGCAAAAUGACGAGGCGGUUGACACUAGACAGGAGAAAAGAGGAGGAAGGCUGGAGAACAGGGCCCGAGACGGAUGGUUCCUGGCCCUAGCUCAGGCUGAAGAAGGAAGACUGGUUUUGACGCGGCUCGUUAAGUGGACCCGAGGGGACAAAGAGCUAAAGAAGUUCAUCAGAACGCUUCUUAAAAGGCCUUGUCCGGAGCUGUGAAAAAUAUAAAUGUAACUGUAUACUAGUUGUAACACUUACUGUAUAUUCAUUCACCCAAACCUAAAACACAAGCAGGAUGAAACUGUCAAUAAUUAACAUUUGGUAGUUUCCUGAGUAUUACGGUUAAGAAAAAUACAGGAGAAAAAAAAUCUACUUUUUUGUGUAAAAUAGUCCCUUUAUAAAAGGUCUUUCCUUGUAUAUCUGCGGGUUGAUGGUACAGUUGCAUGUAAGUCACUUUUUGAGCUAUAAUGUGUCAUACAUUCCCACCUACUAGGUAGCCAGCAUAAGUUAUAGGACACCUUUAAAAGUAACAUGAUUUAACUGCUACGGAUUAGGGCGAGUCUGGGGAUGAUUGUAACUCUUUUUGCUUCAGCAUAUCCAACUUCUGGAUAUUUUUUUAUUUUAUUUUUUUUGAGAUACAGUUCUCCAAGUUUUUUAUAAGAUCCCCACAUGCGAUUACUAUAAAUGGUACGGAUAAAACCCCUGUAAGUAUUAUCACAGACUUUGUGAGUUCAUUUAAAAGACACAGUUCUCCUGUGUUAAAACCUACCCCAGUAGUGGGGAAGGGUGUCAAACUUUGGACUGCGAAGCAGAGGACCAAGGCCUCUGUAUGUGGGUGGCGCACACACUACCCCUGCACCAUCACCCCAUCCAUUUAACAAUUGUUUAUUUAUUUGUCUUCUUUGCUAAAGAUGAUUGAAAGCACAGCAAGAACCUAAGUAAGAUUAUAUUUUUUGUUAAAAAAGGCUAAAGAAUAAAAACACACUCUAUAUAGUGUUGUGAGUAUGCAGUCCAAAUGGUGCAAAGCCUGAGAUUGUUACAGAAAUCCACCAGAUUUACAAGAUACUUGUUAAUUUUAUCUAUUUUGUCCAGAAAACCUUUGUUUGGUAGCCUACUGAAGAACGAGACACUGAGCUGCUUGCUAGUCAUUGCAACAUGAUUUUGGUAAAGUUACGCAGGCAGAGAUGUUGAUGCAAAGUCAGGAAAGUCACGAUUUCACAGUCAGUGUACACCCACAGCAACAAUGUUUGUGGGUUUUUGUGGGCAUGCAUGAAAGAAAUCGUAUUUUAAUGAAAUUAUCCCUAAAACCGAGAGCAAUCUUUGCAGGAACUGAUACAUGUUUGCAGUGAAACAAUCAAACUGUUGUUUGUAAUGAAAUUCUGUAUUUUCCUAACAGUUCUUUUUUUUUUGUUACCAUUUCCUUUUCUAUAGUUUACUCAGUUAAUCUAUUUAAAAUAACAAGAACAAUGCCCACAUGAAUAAGAAAUUUACUUUAAUUCUGUUUUUCUUUUUUAUUCGUACCUCAUAAAGCUCUAUUAUGUUUGAAUUACUUCCUUCUAUAUUUAAAUAAACACAUUAUUGUAUUUAA